AUGAAUGCUGCUGAGUUCUCGAAUGGCACUCACGUCAACGGCAAUCCCAACGCCAAGCCAGACAUUGUGAUCAUCGGUGGCUCCCUUGGUGGUCUAUUUGCUGGCGUCGCUCUGAAGAGUCAUGGCUACAACACGACUAUCCUCGAACGAACACCAACUUUCCUCCUCGAGAAUCAAGGAGCUGGCAUCGUAGCUGGCCGCGAUGCUAUCGACUCCUUCAAGAAGUAUCAAGCUACAAGCGCAUAUACCUGA